CCUCCAAACUGUCAGUUUGUUGUCUCGACGAGGCGGGUGAAAUAAUGGAAGACUAUGAAAAGUUCAUACAACGCCGACUUUACGAACUGAAAAGGAAGGAUAGCAACGACAACAACAAGAACCAACGCCGGACACUGGAAUCACCGUGUUCUCGCCACGGAUCAUCAGCUAUCCGUUUCCAUGGCUCACCCAUCCUUCCUCCAUUGCUCACAGGAGUGCAAAGAGAAGAGAUGCAGAGACACAGAGAGGCAGCCAAGAGGACGAUGGAUAGGAGGAAGACUCAGCCCUCUGAGACGAGGAUGUCCUACAUUCAGAACAUUCUACACAGUGUUCAGCUGAGGCAAGCACCAACACUGGAGGAGUUCUUUCAGGGUGAACCAGGACUAACGGCAGCCAACACCACCAACCUACACCACAGCAAUGUCCGCCAGGUUCUAGCGUCGCAGAAUGAUGAUGUCACCGAGACCAAGGACAGCUUGCCGGGGUCGUCCUCCCCACCAACCUUAACCGUCAUGCAUGAUGGGAAAGCAGGCAUCCUCGCCCGAGGUCCUCCCAUGACGUCGACAGCCUACGGCGCCUUCACAACAAAUCACCUUACAACUCUCCAUAACACCACCACUGUGAGGGAGACCUUCCUAGAUAAGCUGGUCUGUGACCCCAUGGCACCUUCUCUAGCUAGAGAGACAACCACACACACCAACCAGGUUGCUCCACAAACAGAGACCCGGACCAGGGAGAGACUCUUGUAUGACCAGGAAAAGACCACCAAUGCUGAGUGUGUUCUGGAGGAGGACCUGGGUUCAGGAGAAGCAACGGUGGAUCCUCUAGCUGACAUAAGCCAUCAGUCUUCUGGGUACGUGACGUGUGAAAACGCGGAGGCCACCUGUGUCCUGAGUCGGACUGAGGCUGGGGAGAGCAUUUUGUCAGGGCCUGAGGAGGGGACACCAGUUGGAACGGGGGGGUUUCUCCUACACAGCACCUCCGAUACAAACACAACCAAGGCAUGUAAUAUCAUCAGCCAUCCUCCCGUUGAUGCUGAAGAUCUGGAGGAGGGGUCGUCCCCGUGUGACGAUGACCUCAUAACCGGUCGCCCCGCAGAUGAGGCGAGCGUGACGUCGUCCUGGUGUAAUGAUGUCAUACCAGACUAUUUAGAGGAAGUGUUGGUGACGGGGCCUCUACAGAGCAGCGAUAUCACACCUCCUGUAGAAGACCGCAGAGCAAGUGACCCAGGAAAGAAGUGUAGCACUGCUAAUAUUGUGACUUUCCCCCAGCAUCAAGCCUCAUCAUCACUAUCAGACCGUCCUGAACCCAAGAUUGUAGUGACAUGUCCUCAGGCUGAGGCCUCAACACUGGACCUCUGCAAACCAGACCAGAACCAGGCAUCAGACUUAGACCUGGACCGACCGCAGGGACCAUACCGGCUCAGCCUCCAGACUCUUCUAAAGAAAUCCCAGGCCGUUUUGGAACGCCCCAAACCAGGCAGGAACCAGCCAGGGUCAGAACCAAAGAGCCAGUCUGGAGAUGUAGACUUGGACCCGGAACCAGUGACAGGGCCGUACCGCCUCAGCCUCCAGACCCUGCUGAAGAAGUCCCAGGAGCACCGGAGACGCCAGCGUCAGCUGAAGAACCAGGCCAAGGUCUCUACUUGUCCUACCAGGACCCAGGAGGCCUCGACACACCAGAAGAUGGAGGAGGAGAUGAGUUUCUCAGACAAGGAGAAUGAGGAGUUCCUGCAGUCAGGGAGAGUGGUGGCGGAGGGAAGGAAAACCCGGGACAGGGAUUGGAGAAAGGAUCAUCUGGGAAUGGGAGUCCAGUUUUCCGGGUCGCCACCACUAGAGAUAUUCCCUAAGGAAGCGUGGGUUCAACGUGAGGAGGAGAAGGCGAGGUCUAGCAUUGUGGAAAGAAUGGGACUCGAAAAAGGAUGUAGUGAAGGAAUAUUGAAGGAAUUGGAGGCUGGAAAUGGCCCUUCACAUUUGGUUGUUCUAGAAGGAGACACCCAAUCUCCUCCAGGAGUGGACAUUGAUGCUGGCUCGGCAGUCGAAGACAUCCAGCUACACCUCUCACCAGACGUCACAGCAGCACCGUCAAUGCUAAUGGAGAACCUUCCACAUCCUAUCUCAGCUGAUUCCUCCAUAACCCAGAAAUCAUUCUACCUAGUCAGGGAGAAGAGCUCUACCCUGCCGAGGCCUUCCUCUCUGGGGGGUAGUAGGUUCCAAACCGUCCCUACCCCCCAGUUUAGUAUGAGCCCUAUCCGCUGUAAGAGUAAAGGAGACAGUGGGGGAGGAGGGCGUGGCACCCCCAAGAGGCAGAUCCUGGUAAACACACCUUUGAAUGUAGACAACGAGGUGAGGUCGGUGACUGGGCAGGAAAAUAAUGCUUGGGACCAAAGGCAUCUGCAUAGAGCGCCCCUAGUGGUUGAGGGUGGUAUAUCACAAGGCUUUACUGUUCCUACAACUCCCCUAGUGGCUGGGGGUGGUACAACACCUAUGCGUAGGAGCUCAGACCAGGCAGAACAGAUAGCUCAGCUGGAGCUCAACCUGUCCAGCCUCAAAAUACUGAUCUCAGACCUGGAGUCCACACUAACAGAGACACCAGAGAUACACCAGACACACAACAACAGGCAGACUGAUAAUAGUAGUAACCUUACCAUGGACCCGCCACAUAAAUACAUGGACUACCAUACACCUGAGAGUCAGGCAGAGAGUAACCUUACUGACAGUGAGAAAGGAAGAGGGGAUGGAGGUCAGAGGUCAGCUGAUAAGAUGACGGUGGUCCCCUGUAGAGUCCAGGGGUGUGACAGCGUACCUCCAUUGGUCAAGGCGGUGGAGAUCACUGUUACAACAGGUUACAAAAAACAAGAUGGUCGCCAGCAGCAGCCUCUUGCAGCGCGCCUCGUCACCUCUCUCACUCAGAAGAGGAGAGUUUCUGACGUGUUCCGGAAGGUUCCAUAUGAUGUCAUCAAGGUUCAGUCGGAUGUCAUCAAAGUUCCGUCGGAAGUCAUCAAGGUUCGGAAUGACGUCGUCAAGAUCCCAGCAUCACACAAAACACAUUUCUCCGUCCUCUCAGACGCCAGUAACAACCAGCACCAGCCAAUGGAGUGGAAGAGUUAUCCGGAGGACCCCGCCCACUUCCAAUCCAUCAACCAAUCAUAUGACGUGGACACGCCCUCAGGGCUCUGGCUCCAGGGAGGGUCAGGGUCAGAGGGGUCGUUGAAAGGUCAUGACCCCGCGGGGAAGCAGCUGACCCCUGAGAACGGAGGUGGUGGUCAGGGAGGGGCGUCAAGGGCCAAACGUAGACUGGUCAUGCACACGACAGAGGGGAACAGGGGAGGAGGACGAAGAGAGGUGAUGGACAGGCCUCACUCUAGUACUCCUGAAGCUGCGGUGCUGUCACACAGUCAGGAGAGCCAGCAGCUGAAGCAACUCCAGCUGACCCAUGCAGGCCAGGUCAGAGCCCUGAAGGAGGAGCAGAGGAGACAGCAGCAACAACUACUGCAGAUGCUGGCCGUACGUUACCAGCUACUCCAGAGUUUGUCCUUCCCUGUGUCCUCCUGCCCCACAUCCAGCGCAUGUCUAGGGGACAACAUAACCUCCCUCCUCCCCCUCUCUUCCAUCCCCCUCUCCAUCCCUCUAUUCUCCCCCUCAGCAGGAUCCCUCCUUUCAGACCCAGACUCCCCCUCAGCAGGAUCCCUCCUUUCAGACCCAGACUCCCCCUCGCGGUCUCCCAGGUGUCUGUCUGUGUGUUACGGUCCCCUGGUGGCAGCAGCAGUGAAGGGAUACCUAACCAGGAGGCUCCUACACACAGAGAGAGUGGGACAGCUGCUAUGUACCAUCAAGGACACGCAGCAGUUCCUACAGUCCUUCCAGCCCCAGAGCCCUGGGAGAGACAGCAGGCAAGACCUGGUGCUGCAGGAGAGAGUCACACUGCAGCUCCGCUCUGCACGUUAUGAGGUCCAGGACAUCUUCUGUCUGUCAGCAGGAGACAGGAUGCAGAUCAUCAGCUGGGACAGACAGCUGGCCAGGGACAGAGAGAUGAGACGCAAGACUGGGGAAUCGGGGUCGACCAGGGGGAAGAGUUCUCUGUCAGCUGCUACACAGAAAGCCCUGGAGAGGAAGAGAGGAGUCAUGAUGAGGAAAACGGCAGAGAGGCAGAAGGGGACUGGAGCUGGGGUUGUAGCUGGCCAGAAGGGCCCUCUGGCUGGGGCAGAGGGGCAGAAGGGGACUGGAGCUGGGGUUGUAGCUGGUCAGAAGGGCCCUCUGGCUGGGGCAGAGGGGCAGAAGGGGACUGGAGCUGGGGUUGUAGCUGGUCAGAAGGGCCCUGGGGCAGAGGGGAACGUCGUGAAGCAGAUACGUGGGUCUUUUCGACCCAACCCUCAAAGGGUCCCCAAGACCACCCAGUCUCGCAGAUCUCGGUGAAGAUGGUCUACUUAUCAGGCUAGACUGGACCGGAACUGGGUCGUGUUCAUUUUGGCACAGUGUUGUAGCAAAACAUUUUGCACAGGAGAAUGAAAACGAGUGUUUCUUAUUGGACAAGUUCAGGGUCAUAUUCAUUAGUGGAAAUCUUUGGGGAAAACGAAAACAAGCGUUUCUUAUUGGACAAGUUCAGGUAGUCCCUCCCUUGACCCAGGUAAUGAAUACUGUUGAUACCUAAAAAGAUAUACACACACAAUCCAUCUCACUUAACCCUAAAACAAUAUGCCCCUAUGUGCUCUGGUCAAAAGUAGUGCACUACAAAGGGUUGCCAUUUGGGACGAUUCCUUAGUGUUUCUUGCUAACUAGUGGACAUUGUAUUUGAACUUGAUUGUAUUCUACAAAGGCACAACUCACUGCAUUCAAAUGCAUCUUAGCUACUACAUACUGUAUGUGACAAUCUAUUCUUACCACAAGACCUCAGGACUUGUUUUUGGACACACUGUUUGUAAUAUGUUAGUUUUACACAUUUUACACUAUUUAUAUUUCCUAUAGCGAUUUGUGGUACGGUAUUGGGAUGGCAAUGCAACCAAAGCCCAGAAAACGUCUUAAAAAGUCUUAAAAUAAAGUCUUAUUUUUGAAGGUC